AUGGAUUUUAACCAAAACACCCUUGAUGACAAUAUCAUUCAUACGGAGCCCCUGAACGACGUGACGACUGGCACAACAAACGGCUACUUAAAAGACGUGGACAGCACCGACCUGUCCGGUCGACUCCGGCCAUCCCUGGCCUCUAUAUCUCCCGUUCGGCCAAAACUUCCCUUCAAAACCAAAUUCUUCUACAGUUUGGGUCACAUUUACAACGACCUGACGGUCAGUAUAUGGUUCUCGUAUACAUUGCUGUACUUUAAGUACCAGUUUGACGACUCGAUGGCCGGUGCCUUGAUUUUAAUUGGCCAAUUCGCGGACGCCAUCGCCUCACCGGUAGUGGGUUUCCAGUCGGACCGGCCGUCAGACCUAUGGAUCUUCCGGUACGGGCGCCGCAAGACGUGGCACCUGUUGGGCGUUAUUAUGAACACCAUAAGUGUGCCCAUCGUAUACAACACACCUUGUUUUCCGGGCAAUUGCGAGUUGGCCUCCAGUUGGGCCCGGUUUGCCUGGUAUGCUGUGCUCAUCAUUAUAUUUCAGAGUGGUUGGGCCGCCACCCAGGUCAGUCACGUGAGUUUGAUUGUGGAUCUGACUGAUGAUACCAAUGAACGGAUAGCGUUAAACGCGUACAGACAAGCGGCAACAAUCGGGGCAAAUAUAUGCCUAUAUAUGGUCACACUAUUUGUUAUCGGGUUUGGCAGCAGCGACACAUUGAGCAAGAAAGAUUUAGACGUGUUCACGAAAGUUUCAUACAUAGUGUGCGGCAUUGGUAUCGUAUUCUCCAUACUAUUCCACGUAUUCGUUAAGGAACCGGAAUAUACAGCCAAACCCCGUAAAGUGCGGCCAUCGGUGUUUACCGUAGAGACCAAACGUCUGGCACAGGCCAGUCGUGGGUCGACCAGCACAAUGACCCUAUUGGCCCAAAAUCAGCCCGACACUGCCAGCUCAGGCCGGCCAUCGAUUUGCGCCAUACCGGAGCCCUCGAGCGUCGAGUUAGGCCAGUAUUUACGGUCAAAGGCUAAUCAAAAACGGUGGUCCCAUUGGUUGAAGAGUUUUAGUGUAUACGCCGCUCUACCUUCAGGAUACAUUAAUGAUGCCCAAGGCCAGGGAUCUCUACUCUCGCAACUUAUUGUAGGCAUAGAUUGCGAUAUUGAUUGCUGUUGUGAGCGCUCAAAAUCAUCGACAGCUUUGGCAAAGAGGUGCACAGAAUCGUAUAGCAAAGCGGUAGUCGUCUGUAGUUCGUCGUCGUCGACAUCGAGUCCAAGAAAAGUCGUUACCAAACCAUACAAUAAGAAACGCAUAUAA